AGGGAGGGAGGGACUGAACUGAGAACAAACACUUUUGAGAACUCCACAUGGUAAAGUUCAGAAACAGAGAAGAGUGGAAGAACAGAAAGAGAGACUCAGCCAGGGGGAGAGCAGCAGAGAAUGAAGAAUACCCCUGGGUGUGCAUAGCCUCAAGUGCCUCUUAGUCCUGAGUGAGACAAAGCCUGGCUUUUUAUUCUCUGACUUAUGUUGAUUUGAGGCUUUAGCUCUUGGUCCUUCUGGAUUGAGUGAGUUGUGGAUCAUGCAGGGAAGGGCUGGACGAGCCGCCCGUAAGGAUGCAGUAUGUGCAACAGCUCAGCAGGGCAGGGGUCUGGGGGAGAUGGAGGUAGAGAGGGAAACAGCAGUGCCCAUAAGGUUAAAACCAAAAGUGAUCGAGCCGUUGGACUAUGAGAGCGUACUUGUCCAGAGGAAAACUCAAAUACUAAGUGAUGUCCUCAGAGACAUGCUGCAGUUUCCUAUUGAUGACUUUGAGAUCUCUACUUUGAAGCGUCAGGGCAGAACUCUGUACUCUUCAGUACCAGAUGGGGCGGAAAAGAGAGCCAGCAGCCUGCUUGUCCAGGAGUGCAUCAGGACCUACAACUCUGACUGGCAUGUGGUAAACUACAAGUAUGAAGAUUAUUCUGGAGACUUCCGCCAUCUUCCAAAUAAAGUUCCUCGGCCAGACAAACUAGCUAGUCAUGUAUUUGAGGUGGACGAGGAUGCAGAUAAGGAGGAGGAUGCCACCUCAUUGGGCUCUCAAAGAGGGGGCGUGUCCAGACAUGGCUGGCUGUAUAAAGCAAACAUGAACAGUGCCAUCAGUGUUACAAUGAGGUCUUUUAAGAGAAGGUAUUUCUAUUUGACCCAGCUAGGAGAUGGAUCAUACAACUUGAACUUCUACAAAGAUGAGAAAAUAUCUAAAGAACCUAAGGGAACCAUCUUCUUGGACUCCUGCAUGGGUGUCAUCCAGAACAGUAAGGUGCGUCGUUUCGCAUUUGAGCUGAAGAUGCAGGAUAAAAGCACUUAUCUUCUGGCUGCAGACAGUGAAGGAGAGAUGGAUGAGUGGAUUAACACCCUCAACAAGAUCCUCCACAACAGCUUUGAACUCGCCAUGCAGGAGCGGAAGAACGGAGAACUACACGAUGACGAUGAGCCGGGCAAGACAGACAUCUCACCGGGGAAUUUUCAGGACAGUUUCCAGAGUGCAAGAGACAUUGAGUGCAAGAUGAGGGCUGAAACUCGUCUGAAACUCUUCACUCUGGACCCUGACACACAGAGACUCGAUUUGUCUGGCAUCGAACCUGAUGUGAAGCAGUUUGAGGAGAAGUUUGGGAAGAGAGUUUUGGUGAGCUGCAAUGAUCUGUCCUUCAACCUUCAGAGCUGUGUAGCAGAGAACGAGGAGGGUCCUACUACUAAUGUGGAGCCCUUCUUCCUGGUGCUUUCACUGUUUGAUGUGCAGAACAGCCGAAAAAUAUCUGCAGACUUUCAUGUCGAUCUAAACCACCCACUGGUCCGAUCCAUGACCCCACCACCCAGCAUGCAGAUAAACGGAGGGGUGGACACACCUCACCAAGAAACACUGCUUAGUGAACUGCUGGAGGGGAUGCUGCAGUACCCCAAAAAAGGUGUCUUCUCUGUGACAUGUCCUCACCCUGACAUCUUCCUGGUUGCUCGAAUCGAGAAAGUUCUGCAGGGAGGCAUCACUCACUGCGCUGAGCCCUACAUGAAGAGCUCCGACUCCAACAAGGUUGCUCAGAAGGUUUUGAAGAAUGCCAAGAUGGCCUGCAGCAGACUGGGCCAAUACAGGAUGCCUUUCGCAUGGGCAGCCCGCACUGUGUUUAAAGAUGCCUCAGGGACUUUGGAUAAAAGCGCUCGGUUCUCUGCACUGUACCGGCAAGACAGUAAUAAACUCUCAGAAGAGGAUCUUUUCAAACUGCUGGCGGAUUUCAGGAAACCUGAGAAGAUGGCUAAACUACCCAUCAUCUUGGGUAACCUGGAUGUGACCAUUGAUAAUGUGCCUCCUGAUGUGGCUAAUUGUGUCACUCCAUCCUACAUCCCAGUGAGGCCUUUUGAGAGUAAUGGGCCAAGCACUGGUGUUCUGUUGGAGGUAGAGGAGUUUGUUCCCUGUAUGGCCAAGUGCUCUCAGCCUUUCACCACCUACAGCAAUCAUCUCUAUGUCUAUCCCAAACACCUCAAAUAUGACAACCAGAAGUCUUUUGCCAAGGCAAGGAACAUCGCAGUAUGUGUGGAAUUCAGGGAGUCAGAUGAAGAGGAUGCCCAACCUUUGGAGUGUAUCUAUGGUCGUCCAGGAGGUACUCUCUUCACCAAACAUGCCUAUGCAGCAGUUCUGCACCACCAGCAGAAUCCAGAGUUUUAUGAUGAGAUAAAAAUUGAGUUGCCCACACAACUGAAUGAAAAGCAUCACCUGCUCUUCACUUUUUACCACAUCAGCUGUGACAGCAGCACGAAAAAGCGGGAUAUAGUGGAGACCCCAGUGGGCUCUGCCUGGCUUCCUCUGCUUAAAGAUGGUCGUGUUGUUAUGAGUGAGCAACACAUCUCUGUGGCAUCCAACCUACCAAAUGGUUACCUCAGCUGCCAGGAGGGUGUGAGCAAGCACUCUAGUCCUGAGAUAAAGUGGGUGGAUGGAGGGCGUCCUCUUUUCAAAGUGUCUACACAUCUGGUCUCUACCAUCUACACUCAGGAUCAGCACCUGCACAAUUUUUUUCAUCAUUUCCAGAGUAUGCAGUCUGGUGCCACCUGUCCAACUGAGGGUGAGCUCAUCAAAUACCUGAAGAGUCUUCAUGCCAUGGAAGGCCAUGUUAUGAUCAACUUCCUGCCGACUAUUUUAAACCAGCUGGUUCAUAUUCUGACCAGCACCAGUAAUGAGGAUGUGGCUGUAAACACCACCAGGGUCAUGGUCCACAUUGUUGCUCAGUGCCAUGAAGAGGGUCUAGAACACUACUUGAGGUCUUAUGUGAAGUACGUGUUUAAAACCGAGUCCUAUUCAACCAAUAACAGUAAGACAGUGCACGAGGAACUGGCCAAGGCCAUGACAUCCAUUUUAAAGCCUUCAACCGACUUCCUAACCAGCAACAAGCUUCUCAAGUAUUCGUGGUAUUUUUUUGAAGCCCUUGUGAAGUCAAUGGCACAGUACCUGAUGGAAAGUGGCAAGGUCAAGUUGUCCAGGAACCAGCGAUUCACAGCUUCAUUCCACCAUGCUGUGGAGACACUGGUGAACAUGCUGAUGCCCCACAUCACCCAGAAGUAUAAGGACAAUCUGGAUGCUGCCCGCAAUGCCAACCAUAGCCUGGCUGUCUUCAUAAAGCGCUGUUUUACAUUUAUGGAUCGAGGAUUUGUCUUCAAGCAGAUAAACAACUACAUCUCCUGUUUUGUAACUGGAGAUCCCAAGACACUGUAUGAGUUUAAGUUUGAGUUUCUGCGGGUGGUGUGCAAUCAUGAACACUACGUCCCCCUCAAUCUGCCCAUGCCUUUGGGGAAGGGUCGCAUUCAGAGGUUUCAAGAUCUACAGUUGGACUAUUCACUGACUGAUGAUUUCUGCAGGAACCACUUUCUAGUGGGUUUGUUAUUGAGGGAGGUGUGUGGGGCUCUUCAGGAGUUUGGGGAAGUCCAUCAGAUCGCCAUUCAGGUUCUCAAGAGUCUGAUGAUCAAACACACUUUUGAUGAUCGCUAUGCCUCAAAGAGUCAGCAGGCCAGGUUGGCGACACUCUAUCUGCCCUUGUUUGGGUUGCUGCAGGAGAACGUUCACAGAUUAAAUGUGAGACACACGUCUAAUUUUAACACCUAUCUCAAUGGGCGAGAUGAACAUCUUGCCAGCAUCUCUAUAGUAACAACCCAAAAGCCUGUUGGUAACCUUGACAACAGCCUUCAUAAAGAUGUAUUUGGGGUCAUCUCAGGAACUGCCUCUCCUCACACCUCUACGCCUAACAUUGGCUCUGUGCACCACGCUGACUCUCGAGGCUCUCUGGUCAGCACAGACUCGGGAAACAGCAUCCCUGAGAAGACCAGCUCUCUCGAUAAGACCCAAUCAGCCUCCGCUCUGGGUAGCUCUAUGCUGCGCUGUGAUAAACUGGACAGAGAAGAAAUCAAAAACCUGCUCAUGUGUUUCCUCCAUGUUUUAAAGAGCAUGUCUGAAGAUGCCUUAUUUACAUACUGGAACAAAGCCACAACCUCUGAGCUGAUGGACUUUUUCACUUUAGUAGAAGUGUGUCUGCAUCAGUUCAGGUAUAUGGGGAAGAGAUUCAUUGCCAGAAGCCAGGAUGGGGUGGGGUUUAUGGCUCCGGACAGGAGGUCGUUGACUCUUCCUGUUUCUCGUAACAGAGGGAGCAUCAUGCACACACGCUUACACCUGGAGAACGCACACACUUUCAACCACACGUAUUGCCAUGGUGAUGCUGACACGUGUCUCCUGGAGGCUAACGUCUCAACGGAGGUGUGCUUGACUGUGCUGGACACACUCAGUGUUUUCAUUAUGGGCUUUAAGACUCAGCUGUGUGCAGAUUUGGGUCAUAACCCACUGAUGAAGAAGGUUUUCCAGGUGCACCUCUGUUUCCUUCAGAUCCCCCAGUCAGAGACAGCACUGAAGCAGGUCUUCACCUCCCUGCGUACCUUCAUUUUCAAGUUUCCCUGUACAUUUUUUGAUGGACGGGCUGAUAUGUGUGCUUGCUUGUGCUAUGAGAUCCUGAAGUGCUGUAAUUCCAAACUGAGCUCCAUACGCAGUGAUGCCGCCCACCUGCUCUAUUUCCUCAUGAAGAGCAACUUUGAGUACAAUGGCAGGAAGUCCUUUGUCCGCACACACUUGCAGGUGGUGAUUGCCGUGAGUCAGCUGAUUGCUGAUGUCAUUGGGAUUGGAGGGACACGGUUCCAGCAGUCAUUGUCCAUCAUUAAUAAUUGUGCUAACAGUGAUAAAACUGUAAAGCACACUGCUUUCCCCUCAGAUGUGAAGGACCUGACCAAGCGGAUCCGCACUGUACUGAUGGCCACUGAGCAGAUGAAGGAACAUGAAAAAGACCCAGAGAUGCUGGUGGACCUUCAGUACAGCCUGGCCAAAUCCUACACCAGCACCCCUGAGCUGCGCAAAACCUGGCUGGAUAGUAUGGCCAAAGUCCAUGUGAAGAAUGGAGAUCUGUCUGAGGCAGCAAUGUGUUACGUGCAUGUGGCAGCUCUUGUGGCUGAGUACCUGAAGAGGAAAGGAAUGUUCCGGCAGGGCUGCUCAGCAUUUUGUGUGAUCACACCCAACAUUGAUGAGGAGGCAGCCAUGAUGGAGGAUGUGGGCAUGCAGGACGUUCACUUCAAUGAGGAGGUGCUGAUGGAGUUGUUGGAAGCUUGUGCUGAUGGUUUAUGGAAAGCUGAGCGUUAUGAACUUAUUUCAGAUAUCUACAAACUCAUAAUUCCAAUUUAUGAACAACGCAGAGACUUUGAGAAACUGGCCCACCUGUAUGACACAUUACAUCGGGCUUACACUAAAGUAAUGGAAGUGAUGCAUUCUGGAAAGAGGCUUCUAGGGACCUUCUUCAGAGUGGCAUUUUUUGGCCAGGGUUUCUUUGAAGAUGAGGAUGGAAAGGAAUAUAUCUAUAAAGAACCAAAAUUCACUCCACUCUCAGAGAUUUCCCAGCGUCUCCUCAAACUUUACUCAGACAAAUUUGGCCAAGAGAAUGUCAAAAUGAUCCAGGACUCUGGAAGGGUGAACCCUAAAGAUCUGGAGGCAAAGUUUGCCUACAUCCAGGUGACACACGUGACACCGUAUCUAGAGGAAAAGGAGCUGGAAGAGAGGAAAACUGACUUUGAGAGAAGCCACAACAUUCGCCGUUUUGUGUUUGAGACGCCAUUCACAGAGUCAGGAAAGAGGCACGGCGGGGUCGAGGAACAGUGUAAACGAAGGACGGUGCUCACCACUACACACUGUUUCCCAUAUGUAAAGAAGCGCAUAGCAGUGAUGUAUCAGCACCACACAGACCUUAGUCCCAUCGAGGUGGCCAUAGAUGAGAUGAGCGGGAAGGUGGCAGAACUCAGAGCCCUCUGUGCAACCAGUGAAGUUGACAUGAUCCGCCUGCAACUUAAGCUGCAGGGAAGCAUUAGUGUACAGGUCAAUGCUGGGCCACUUGCAUAUGCCAGAGCUUUCCUUGAUGAUGCCUUCGCCAAAAAAUACCCAGAUAACAAAGUCAAACAGCUUAAAGAGGUCUUCAGGCAGUUUGUUGAGGCAUGUGGACAGGCUCUAGCUGUGAAUGAAAGGCUGAUUAAGGAGGACCAACAGGAAUAUCAUGAUGAGAUGAAAGCCAGUUACAAGGAUCUGGCCAGAGAGCUUUCACACAUCAUGCAUGAACAGGUAAGCAUACACAGUGGCACAUCUUGUUUCCUUAUGCCAGUAGAAACAUACUGAGUCUAUUUUGGCAAAAGAUUGGAAUAAUUAACAUUUUAAUGCCUUUAUAAGUCGUCUCACACAGGCUGCAUUUACUGAAUUAAAAAAUAUAGUCCAUUUGAGUGUAUUUUAAAAUGUAAUUUAUUCCUGUGAUGACAAAGCUACAUUUUCACUCGCAUGAUCCUUCAGAAAUAGUCCUAAUAUCCUGAUUUAGUGCUGAAUUAUUAAUAAUAGUUCUUAUUAUUACCAAUGUUGAAAAGUUUUUCCUGCCUAAUAUUUCAUCUUUUGUGGAAACUGUUUUUCAGGUUUCUUUGACAGUUCACCAACAAUCGAUUUUUUUUUUUUUUUUUUUUUGGUAACAUUACAAAUGUCUUUAUUUUUAUUCUAUAUUAUUAUUUAUUUGUUUUUUUAAUGGAAAAAAAUAGUAAUGUGUCAUGGUUUCCAUAAAAAUAUUAAGCAACAAAAACAAUUUUCAUCGAUUAAAAUAAAAAAUGCUUCUUGAGCACCAAAUCAGUUUAUGAGAAUAAAGAAGAAUAAAUUACAUUUUAAAAUACAUUCAAAUAAUAAUAAUACACUGUUACUUUAAACUGCAAUAUUUCACAAUAUUACUGUUUUUAAUAUUUUUAUCAAAUAAAUGCAGCCUUGGUAAGCAUUAGAGACUUCUUUCAAAAACAUGUAAAAAUUGUAAUUCAAAUGGUUUGGCCGCCAGUGUAUAUACACUUGUAGGUGUUUGGUUCAAGUUUGUUUCAUGUUUAAUAUUCAUGAUUCUCAUUCUCUCUUUCUGUUGUGCUGGCCUCUGUAGAUUGGAUGGUAAUAAUGCAUACAAUUUAUCAUACAUUAAAAACAAUAAAGUACAAUUUAAGAGUCAGUUUGAUCUGUUCUUUCUCACUCUGCACUCCUCCUCUUCAUCAGAUCUCCGCUGUGGAAGGCAGAACCAAGAGCUCUCUUUCAGAUUCGCUACAUAUUUUCAAUGUCAUCAGUGGCAUGCCCAGCAGCACCACCCUGCAUGGCAUGCCUAGCUCCGCCUCCACCGUGUGACUCUCACCCCUGGCCUUAAACCUCUGACCCUGCCCGAGCCAGAGAGACGGCAGGCAGCCUGAAACGCAUCAAAAGCGAAAGAACAAGUAAAAAAUGGAAUUUCAUUGUCCGACAAUCCUGAAUGAAUCACUCAUCAAUCAGCAUCCAGGACUCUGGGAUAGAGAAGGUGUGUCCGGUCUUUGGAAUGUCCAGAUACUAUUCCCAUGUGACUUAUUUCAAGAGGGAACGUUUGUUCUUCUCUCAUCAACCCCCUGUUCACAGCGCUUUUAUUUCCUUCAUAGCCAGAACAACCUGAAAAAUCUGCCUUUUUACUUUCACAUUUCUCAAUUGUAAUGCAAUUGUAUUCCCCAAUUUGCUGCUCUGUGCUGAUAGAGAGGCUGUGACAUCACUUCCUGUGUCUGAGGCAGCUGCUGUCCAUUGAGUAGUACUGAAGCGAAUAUAACUGUGCUUUAGUGUUGCAGGAAGUUUGAGAUUUACUGUACAAAAUACCCAUGAUCACCUGAGCCACCCACACUUUCAUUUCUAUAAUUUUUUUCCCCUCGUUUUUGUUUUGUUUUGUUGUUUUUUGUUUCUAAGCCAAGAAACAAUUAGCCGUUUCUUUUUUAGCGGAGUGCAAUAAUUCUCUUUCUUUGUCCUGUUUUGGUUCCUGAAGAUCUCUUGCCAAAGUGAGAAGGCUAGAUGUGAAAUAUAAAUAUAUAUGGACAAAAGAGAUAAACACAAGGAUUUUUAUAACCAUUUAGGUUUGUUUAAAUGUAAAUUGUUUUAUAUCGGGGGUUAGAUAUGGGGGGUAUUUUUAUUUAAUAGAAUCUGUUAUGGAAAUAUAUUAAUGUCCCUAAAAUCUCUGAAUAAAAUGUACUAUCUUA